AUGGUGCGUCCUAGCGGCACUCAGCAGGCAAAAAGAACUCAGGAUAUUGGAAUUCUUGCCAUACCGGUGUACGUUCUCACCUGUCAGGAACUGGAAUGCGGGUUGGUAACUUGGUGGAAGGAGACGAAAGGAGACACCACAGCGCUGGAGACAAUAACUCUCCGCCGACUUAGGUGUGGUUCCCAGACGCUAUACCCGGUAGCUUCUGGGGGUUUCCGCUUCAAGGAAUCCUUCAUUUCAACAGAAGCCUCAGUCACUGACCACCUCCCGCACCCAGGAUCACCUCCGCACCCAGGACCACCUCCUCCCGCACCCAGGAUCACCUCCCGCACCCAGACCACCUCCCGCACCCAGGACCUCCUCCUGCACCCAGGACCACCUCCCGCACCCAGGUCCACCUCCCCGGACGUGGCACCCAGGACCACUCCCCAGGCGUGGCACCCGGGACCACCUCCCCAGGCGUGGCACCCAGGACCACCUCCCCAGGCGUGGCACACCGGACCACCUCCCCAGGCGUGGCACCCGGGACCACCUCCCCAGGCGUGGCACCAGGACCACCUCCCGUGGGCGGCACCCAGACCACCUCCCCAGGCGUGGCACCCGGGACCACCUCCCCAGGCGUGGCACCCGGACCACCUCCCCAGGCGUGGCACCCAGGUUCACCUCCCCAGGCGUGGCACCCGGGACCACCUCCCCAGGCGUGGCACCCAGGACCCUCCCCAGGCGUGGCACCCAGGUUCACCUCCCCAGGCGUGGGGCACCCAGGUCCACCUCCCCAGGCGUGGCACUCAGACCACCUCCCGGGGGUGGCACCCGGGUCCACCUCCCCAGGUGCGUGGCACCCCGACCACCUCCUGGCGUGGCACCCAGGUCCACCUCCCCCAGGUGUGGCACCUGACCACCUCCCCUGGCGUGGCACCCAGGUCCACCUCCCAGGUGUGGCACUCAGGACCACCUCCCGGCGUGGCACCCAGGACCACCUGCCCAGGUGUGGCACCCAGGACCACCUCCCCUGGCGUGGCACCCAGGUCCACCUCCCCAGGUGUGGCACCCAGGUCCACCUCCCCGGUGUGGCACCCAGGACCACCUCCCCAGGCGUGGCACCCGGGACCACCUCCUGGCGUGGCACCCGGGACCACCUCCCCUGGUGUGGCACCCGGGACCACCUCCCCAGGCGUGGCACCCAGGUCCACCUCCCAGGCGUGGCACCCAGGACCACCUCCCAGGCGUGGCACCCGGGACCACCUCCCAGGCGUGGCACCCAGGACCCCUCCAGGCGUGGCACCAGGUUCACCUCCCAGGUGUGGCACCCGACCACCUCCCCAGGCGUGGCACUCCAGGUCCACCUCCCCAGGUGGCACCCAGGUCCACCUCCGGUGUGGCAUCUGA